CUCGAGCCUCUGUGAGUUGGAGAGGGAGAGUGAAAAAGAGAGAGCGCGCGCUGUGUAGUCAGUGUUUUGCCGUCAGCAGGACCGGACAGACUUGUAUGUGUGUGUGUGUUAGUGAGGGUUGUCCGGUUGAGUCUGGUUGUUUUAUUUGUUUGCUCGCUUUUCUAAAAAUGGGAUUCUGACAGCAGCCGGGCUGCGGGCGCCGCCGGCUCCUCCUGACCGGAAAAUGAAGCGUCUCUGUCGGAGGCUGGCGGUGGCCGUGGCGGUGCUGGUGUGGCUGGGGGCGCUGGUUUACCUGCUGGUGCUGAGCCGGAGGAAGCUGCCGGAGCUCGGUACCGGAGCAGGAGCAGGGGGCGGAGGAGGAGGAGGAGUAGCGGGAGGCGGAGAGACAGCGUACAACCAGAUCUCAGAUGCAGAGUGGGAGGACAUGUUGGAGGGUUUUGAUGAACGCGGUUACCUGAGUGCUCGGCGCUGGAAGCCCGGUGACGACCCAUACACCCUUUACGCCUUCAACCAGAGAGAGAGCGAACGCAUCCCCAGCAACCGAGCCCUGAGAGACACACGACACUACAGGUGCACCAUUCUUCAUUAUGACUCUGAUCUUCCUCCAACUUCCAUCAUCAUCACCUUCCACAACGAGGCCAGAUCCACCCUGCUGCGCACCAUCAGGAGCGUUUUGAACAGAACUCCAGUUCAUCUCAUCCACGAGAUCAUUCUGGUGGAUGACUUCAGUGACGAUGAAAGUGACUGCCAGCUUCUCACCAAACUGCCUAAAGUCAGAUGUCUUCGCAACAACAAGAGGGAAGGUCUGAUCAGGUCCAGAGUGCGCGGGGCCGACGCUGCGAGGGCCGGGGUCCUCACCUUCCUGGACAGCCACUGUGAGGUCAACAAGGACUGGCUGCCGCCUCUGCUGCAGAGGAUCAAACAGGACCCAACUUGUGUGGUCAGCCCGGUUAUUGACAUCAUUAACAUGGACACUUUUGCCUAUGUGGCGGCCUCCGCUGAUCUCCGUGGAGGUUUUGAUUGGAGUCUCCAUUUUAAGUGGGAGCAGCUGUCGCCUGAACAAAGAGCCAUUCGGACUGACCCGACCCAGCCAAUCAAGACUCCCAUCAUUGCGGGUGGCCUCUUUGUGAUUGACAGGUCCUGGUUCAAUCACCUUGGCAAAUACGACACUGCUAUGGACAUCUGGGGCGGGGAGAACUUCGAGAUCUCGUUCCGGGUGUGGCAGUGUGGCGGCAGUUUGGAGAUCCUGCCCUGCAGCAGAGUGGGUCACGUCUUCAGGAAGAAACACCCGUACGUCUUCCCUGAGGGUAACGCCAACACGUACAUUAAGAACACACGUCGCACAGCUGAGGUGUGGAUGGAUGACUUUCGUCUCUUUUACUACUCUGCUCGGCCUGCAGCACGAGGGAAAUCCUACGGAGACAUCCGAGGCAGAGUGGAACUCCGCAAGAAGCUCAAGUGCAAAUCCUUUAAGUGGUACUUGGACAACGUCUAUCCAGAGCUAAAGGUCCCAGACGACUCUGACUCUCAGUCCGGGGUGAUCAAACAGCGGCAGAACUGUCUGGAGUCUCGCAGGGUGGAGGGCCAGGAGCUGCCAGUCCUUACACUGGCUCCCUGCAUAGGAAAGGAGGGGGUCCCUGCCCCCAACCAGGAGUGGGUGUACACUCACGGGCAGCAGAUCCGUCAGCAGCAGCACUGUCUGUCUCUGUCCACCACUUUCCCUGCCUCCCAGGUCCUGCUGAUGCCCUGCAACAUGGCUGACGGCAAGCAGCGAUGGCAGAAGUCGGGGACUCACCUGGAGCAUCUCGUCUCUCGGUUCUGUCUGGACUCUGAGAUGGCUCUGGACGGGAUGGACUCCUCUCGAAUGCUGGUCAUCAGCCCCUGUGAACUGAGUGCGUACACACAGAGAUGGGAAGUCCCCUUCUCCUGACCCCUGGCCCCCUAACCUUUCGACUCCCACAAACCUACCCGGUCACCCAUUCACAGCCUCAAAGGCCUGCGCAGAGACAGCUGCUCUGACAGAGUGAAGAUGCAUGAGCACGUCGUGUCAAAGUGCUGCAGCUGAAUGGAAUGUUUUUUAAGACUUUUUGACGCCUCUUCACUGUUGAUCGUGAGAAAAAAAAAGUGCAGAUCGGUGGGAUCUAAAAUACUGAUUUACUAAGGAUCCGUGCUGGAUCAGAACAUCACUGAAAGGAAGAGACACAUCAGAAAUGUCUGGUUUAUUUUAUCUCAAAGUGUGUAUGUUAGAGGCUGACGAGAAGUUCGGGGAAGAGUCAAACCAAGUGCACCUUAAAACCCUGACCUGUCACAGACUCCAGUUGGACAGAAAAAAUAUCAGAAUGUGUCUUGUAAUCUUUUGCAUUGAAAGUGUCUGUUUUUGAGGAUGUUUAAGAAUCUGGGAAUUAAAACCAAGCACAACUCAAGUUCUUAGUUUACUUGGUCAAAUAACUGUCACUGUCUUUGCUGCAGUAGAAGCAUCUAGAUCAGAUUGUCGGAUGAGAAAGUCAUUCUUCUUGGGACCUGAUCAGGAACUCACCUGUGACUGAAAGCACAGAACAGAAUCUGUGAUGUCUCUUCUUGUUCUUAAUGACUUGUGGUGACGCUAGCACCUUAGUACAGUGACCAUAUGACUUGAUGAACAGCACACCGUUCCAGUUCACUCACGUCUUUCAACCCAGCUGACCAAACAAAAAAUUUUUUUUUGCAAUUUUAUUCAUCAGAUUUCAUGAUAUAUUCACACCAAACACAAAGCGAAUUUUCACAUCGUGUUACUCAUGCGAACAUGGCUGCUGGAGUGUUUCACAACUCGCAAAUAUUCUACCUGAGCAGCUGUGCUAGCUAACUGAGGAGGGCAGCUUACGGCUAACUUGGUUUGGAGUAAAGUACAACUGAUAGCUGGAAUCAAAUGACGUUAAACAUGGUAAAAAUGAAGGCUUCGUGUUCUGAACCAGCAUGAACCAAGAUUGCUCAUUAUGUCUCAUAAUGUCCCAGCAGCACAUUCCCGUUUCACACCUUCUGUUGUGUAUCUUUCACAGUAAAAGACCAACUUAAAUUACUUAGAGCAUUUUGCUCAGAAGCAACUCAACAUAAAAACGUACAAUCACUCAGUCCUCUGCUUUUUCGAUCUUUCUCUGUACAGUGCUGACGUUGAGUCAAAGAGCUCUGGUUGCCCACAGAUGGUGACAUUAAUUUUUUCUUUGUAUUUUUUCAGCAACAUCUGUACUCCGAUAGGCUUCCGUGAAUCACACAAAUUUCCUGUGUUCAAAUAUUGAAAGUUAAAAACUUUUCAACCCGCACAGAUACACGAAUAUACUCGAAUUUCAUGUCUUUGCAUCAUUCGUGUGGUGUCAUUGCCACCGCCCGGCACAAGUUUGUGUCUAUUUGUGUCUUUGCAUUGACUUGCUAUGUAGUCUUGCUGUGUGCUUGCUUCGCGUUCGAUGUGAACACAUUAUUAGUAACCCUGCUUUGUAAGACAGACUCGUAGAUUGCUUCAUACCAAAAAAAGACGUAUAAGGAUGACCAAAUGAUCUAACGCUGGUAAGUCUGGAUAAGUCCUCACUCAUUACUGUUUGGGAUGGUUUCUUAUUCUAUGAUUAUCUAUUCUUCGACUGGAGAUAUGUCCCUUUACUGUUUUGAAGUACGCAAAGAAGUGGACAAGACAUUUUGUUGAUCAUAUGACCAUAAUUUCCUCUGUAAAACUUUUGCAUGCUGCAGCUUCCUUGGCUGUGUCAGCGGAAGAAAGACGGAGCAUGGAGGAGAAGGAAAGACACAGAGGAGGGAACACAAAGCUGGAUUUUAGGUGACGCUAACAGGCCCUGGCUGAGCUCCCGGUGCAAAAAGACGUCAGUUUGACACAGAAGGAUUAGCACAAAUACAGAUUGUAAAAAGGGCUAUGGUGUACAUAGAGACAAACAGGCACAAUCAGAGGUAACAUAUAAAUAAAGAACAGCAUGUCUGCAGCACAUCUCAUUCUGUAUGUUUUGGGGGACAGUUGGCAGAUUCCAGUGUUUCCUGUGGCAGCAAGGAUGCAGCUGCUGCAGCAGCUUCACAUCGCACGCCCCCCAUGAAAUGCUGCUGUGCAUGUGAGAAUUUACACAAGUCUGUUUUUUCUUUCUCACGUUAACUUUAUCAAACUGGAGGGAAGCUUCAUUCAUACUGUUCUUUCAGUCCUAAAUGCAGUUAUGGUGUUAGCAUCUGUCAUGUUUUCGUGCAAGUUUUGGAGGAUUUAUAUAAAUUAUUAUGGGUUUAUUUCUCAAGGAAAAGGUGUUUACUCUUUACUUUUCACAAUCCUGAUGAUAGAUGAAGCAACCAACCCUUUUGUUUUAUUUCUGAGCACACUGACAGGACCUGGGGUUGUUGCUGAUGGACAAACUGCAGCUGCUGUAGAGGUCAAACCUGCGAUCCUCCAGUCAUAUGUCAGCCUUCUUUCAAAUUCCAACAGAGUCAAAACACAACUCAACUGAACUACAGACCUAUGUGGAAGUAUUCUUCUCUCAACUUCCCUAACAGUCAUUUUGCAAGUCAGUUUUUCACAAGAUGGAUUUCUAAUUUCAGACACAAAUUCUCCGCAGAUGGUUUCCUGCUCUCCUGUGUUUGACAUCGUCCACUGCAUCAUUUU